AUGGAAAAUAAUGUUACUGAAUUUAUCCUCAUGGGUCUUACCCAAAAUCAGGAAGCGCAGCAAAUAUGCUUCUUUUUGUUCAUACUCUUUUAUAUGAUCCUCAUGACUGGAAAUUUUUUAAUUAUAAUGACUAUUCAAAGGAGCCCAAAUCUCAACUCUCCAAUGUACUUCUUCCUUAGCUUCCUGUCAUUUGUUGACAUCUGUUAUUCCUCUGUUACAGCCCCCAAGAUGAUCACUGACUUUCAAGUCAAGGUCAAAAGAAUCUCUCUUGUUGGUUGUAUGGCCCAACUCUUUUUUGUCCAUCUGCUUGGUGGCACAGAGAUCUUUAUCCUCACAGUGAUGGCCUAUGACAGGUACGUGGCCAUCUGCAAGCCCCUACACUACUUGACCAUCAUGGACUGGAAAUUCUGCUCCAUACUGGUGGUGUCCUGUUGGCUAGGAGGGUUUGUGCAUACCUUUAUCCAGACCAUGCUCACUGUCCACCUGCCGUUCUGUGGCCCCAGCCUGAUCGACCACUACUUCUGUGACGUCCACCCCUUACUGAAGCUGGCUUGCACAGACACAUAUGUGGUGGGGCUCAUUGUGGUGGCCAACAGUGGCAUGAUUUCACUCAUCUCCUUUGUCAUCCUUGUGGGUUCUUACACAGUCAUCUUGCUUUCCUUCAAGACCCGCUCAUCAAAGGGGAGACGCAAGGCCCUGUCCACGUGUGCUUCCCACAUCACUGUCGUCAUCCUGUAUUUUGUCCCCUGCAUCUUCAUCUACCUGAGGCCUUCUACCACUUUCCCGGAGGACAAGAUGGUAGCUUUAUUUUACACCAUCAUCACACCCAUGCUGAACCCUCUGAUCUACAGCCUGAGAAGCGUGGAAGUGAAAAAUGCCAUGAGGAGACUGUGGAUCAAGAGGUUGCUGGGCAGAAAUCGGAGAGACCCUGAUGGGAAGUUCGAUGGAAUUGGUACAGUUGUACCAGCUCCCAAAAAUGUUGUUGGGAAUUUGUCAGUCAUCAGUCCUCAAUCCUAUCACACAAAUACCUAA